GAUACAGAAUGGCGGAUGGAAAGUUAACUUUCACGUUUGCCAAGAAGACAACUAAGAGACAACUUGAUUCUGGUUCCUCUAGUCAAUUUCAACAUGAAAUCGCAGAGAGCAAUCAAGAAAGAGAUUUCGUUGUCGCUGUUUCUGAUAAAGAAAUAGAAAGUGUUGUUCCUCAAAAGGUUAAGACAGAGUAUAUAAUUCCUAUGAAAAAGAAAUCAGUGCUGGGGUUUGGUCGUGGCAUCAAGGACGUUGCUGCUGGAAAUGAAUGUCAAACAAGUGUAAGUCAAGAAGACAAGGAAGCUGCAGAAGCAAUCAUGAAAGAUCUUCAUAAUACUGAAAAUGAAAUGGGUUUUGGUGAUUCACAACUUAUUCCCAUGAUUCGACGGAAUCGAACUGUGGGGGAAGAUGAGGCCACUGCACUAGCCAAUGACUCGGCAACCUUGCCAGAACAGAGCAAUUUGGAUGAUUACGACAACAUGCCAAUUGAGCAGUUUGGAGCAGCUUUGAUUAGAGGAAUGGGAUGGAAAGAGGGAGCACCAAUUGGAUUAACUAACAAAGAGGUAGUAAAGCCUAUUGAGUAUGUUCGUAGACAACCAGGGCAAGGAUUGGGAGCUGUGUCUAAACAAGUAAAUGUUGGAAAACUUAAAAAGUUGGGUGAUAAAGACAAAUAUAAGACGUUAUACGACAAGGAUGGACGAGUGAGGCAUGUGAGAGAAUUGGACGAAGAGUUGAGUGAAGCACCUCCAAAUGAGAUGAAGGUGGGAGCUUUUGUUCAUGUUGUUGCUGGUUUCCACAAAGGUUUCUAUGGAAAGGUGACAAGUUUAGAUGAAGACACAGCACAUGCUGUUGUUGAGGUGCCCAAUAUGAAGCGCCCACUUGCUGUGAGUCAACAUAAUCUUGAAGUUGUAGACAAAACUGCGUACAGUGAAGGCUUGCGUCAAUCAAAAGAGGAAACAAGUGGUGGAGAUAGAAAUGGGCAAAACAAGCAUGGGCAGCAAGAGUCAGUUAAGUCCAAGCAUAGACAAAGCAGUCCUCAUAAGAGUAGUAAGAAGACAAGCAAGAGCAAGAGAUCUGAUGAAGACCAUUGGCUACACCCCAACAUUCGAGUUCGAGUAGUCAGUAAACAUUAUCGUAAAGGUGCUUUCUACAAUGAAAAAGUAUCAAUUGUGGAUGUUGUUAGUGCAGACACCUGCAUAUGCAAGACUGAUGAUAAAGAACUUCUGGAAGAUGUGAGGCAAGACAUGCUAGAGACAGUAGUUCCCAAGCAAUCUGAUUCUCUAGUCUGCAUAGUACUUGGGAAGCAGCAAGGACAGUUGGGCAGAUUAGUUGAGAAGAACAAGUCAAAAUGCCAAGCAAUCGUUCAGUUAUUACAAGACCAAAGUGCAGUAAGAUUAGAUUAUGACCAACUAGCAGAAUACACGGGUAAUCCUGACACCGCGGAUGAUGUCUACUAAUAUCGGAUAUACAUAACUGUUAGUUAUAAUCAUAUAUAGACCAUUUUGAAUUGA